AAGGGAAGGAGCAAGCCGCCCCCGGACCUCCCCGGCCAGGCCUCCCUGCGCUCUGGGUAGUCCAAGGGGAGGAGCUCUGGUCUUCUUGUGGUCGCCAGCAUGAAUUGUCUGCUAAGCAGGGAAUGGGAGGCCACAUGUGUGAGCACUGGAAGAUACUCUCCUGAGGGGACGGGGUGGCUCUGGGAAGAGCAAGCCAUGCAGAAGGUCCCAGGUCACCUCCAAGGCAGGGCUGAGAGGGACUCCCGCCUGCAACCUUGGAGAAGCGGCUGCUAGUCUGUGUAGGCAAUACUGGGCAAGAUAGACCAGUGGUCUGACUUAGUCUAUGGCGGCUUCCUAUGUUCUUAGCCCUGGUGGGCUCCCCUGCAGGGGACAGUGUGCUGCUGCUUGUGCCCAAGAUGCAGCCUUUGCAAAGGAUUCUGGGAGGAACCUGGCCUCCGCGCCGGGCCCUGCAACCGGCACUUCGAGCUUGGGUUUCCACCUGCGGCCGGGAUUCUGCUGGGGCAUGCUCAGACGGAGCAAAACACACGGGCAGCCUGGAAGACUUUCACACCAAGUUAGCGAAGGGGCCUCCCUUGCAACACUUUCUGCAAGCAGCAGCCCCUGUGCAGGAGUCCUGCCAUUUGCCGGCCGAAGGAGCAGAGCAGCCAGCGCCCUACCUUGGCCCCAGCCUCUCCGCGGAUGUGCCAAGCAGAGUUUAUCUGGAGACCUAUGGCUGUCAGAUGAAUGUCAACGAUACGGAGAUCGCCUGGUCCAUCCUUCAAAGGAGCGGCUACUUGAGGACCACCAGACUGGAGGAGGCUGAUGUGAUUCUACUUGUCACUUGUUCAAUCAGGGAGAAGGCCGAGCAGACCAUCUGGAAUCGCCUGCGCUACCUCACGGCUCUGAAAUCCAAGCGACUGCGGUCCCAGGCCCCUCUGCGAAUUGGGGUUUUAGGCUGCAUGGCUGAGAGGCUGAAGGAGAAGAUUCUGGACCAGGAGAGACUGGUGGAUCUUGUGGCUGGGCCGGAUGCAUACCGCGACCUUCCCCGGCUCCUGGCAGUGGCCGAAUCUGGCCAGCAAGCUGCUAACGUCCUGCUUUCUCUGGAUGAAACCUAUGCAGACAUCUUGCCUGUUCGGACCAAUGCCAGCACCACAUUGGCCUUUGUGUCCAUCAUGCGCGGCUGUGACAACAUGUGCACCUACUGCAUUGUGCCCUUCACUCGCGGUCGUGAGCGCAGCCGUCCUGUGGCCUCCAUCCUCCAGGAAGUGCGGAUGCUCUCAGAGCAGGGCGUGAAGGAGGUGACCCUCUUGGGCCAGAACGUCAACAGCUACCGAGACACCUCCGAGGCCCAGUUCCUCUCGGCGGCCCCAGCGCAUCUCAACCGGGGCUUCAGCACCGUCUACAAGGCCAAGCAGGGCGGCUUGCGCUUUGCCGGCCUCCUGGACCGCGUGUCUGCCAUCAACCCCGAAAUGCGGAUCCGGUUCACUUCCCCGCACCCCAAGGACUUCCCGGAUGAGGUCUUCCGGCUCAUGCAGGAGCGGCCCAACGUCUGCAAGCAGCUGCACCUCCCGGUCCAGAGUGGCAGCAGCCGGGUGCUGGAGGCCAUGAAGAGAGGGUAUACGAGGGAGGCUUACCUGGAGCUGGUGCAGCACGUCCGCGACCUCUUACCUGGGGUGAGCCUCAGCAGCGACUUCAUUGCUGGCUUCUGUGGGGAGACCGAGGCUGACCAUCAGCAGACGGUGUCCCUCCUUCGUGAGGUGCGCUACAACACGGCCUUCAUUUUUGCCUACAGCCUGCGGCAGAAAACCCGGGCCUUCCACCGGCUGCAGGAUGACGUGCCCCCGGACGUGAAGCAGCGGCGGCUCGAAGAGCUCGCGGCCGUCUUCCGAGAGGAGGCUGCCAGGGCCAAUGCGGCUGCCGUGGGUCACCGGCAAGUGGUCCUGGUGGAGGGGCCCAGCAAGCGCUCCGCCUUGGAGUUGUGCGGCCGGAAUGAUGGCAACAUCAAGGUGAUCUUCCCAGACGUGGAGAUGGAUGACGGCGCUGGCCAAGGAUCUGCCACCAGAGCCCAGCCGGGCGACUACGUCCUGGUCCAGAUCUCCUCUGCCACCUCCCAGACCCUGAAGGGAGUCCCCCUCCGUCGGACUACGCUGAAAGAAUCCGCAGAAUUCUGCUGACGCUGGCCUCGGAGGGAAAGAGUGGGCCAGCCGCUUGCUUUUCCCUGCAGCCGAGGAGUGCUGAACUUUGGGGCUGGCAGACCAGGGCCAGCCGGAUCGUCAUCCUGGGCCAGGCCCCCGCAGAGUGGCGCCUUGCUCCUCGGGCCAGUUAGAGAAAUGAUCGGCCAGGCUCGGCCCAUCCCUCUCCCUGCUGCUUUGGGCCCAUCGGCUCUCCAGGGCUCCUGCUGCUGCUUUGGCCCAACCAGCCAUUGUCCUUGGGAGACUUUGCAUUAUCCGAUGGGCGGGCAUGAUUGGAAGAGGGCCAGAUGAGGGGCACCAAGGGCCCUUGGGAGCAGCCCAAGGGAAUGGAGGAAAGAGAAGGCUGGCUGGAGACUGUGACUCUCACUGGCUGGUUGUGGAAGUGUGCUUGGUGCUGCCCUCGCUGCCAGUCUCCUCCUCCUCCUCCUCCUCCAUGGCCCUCUUCCUCUUCCCUCUGUAGCAAAGGCUUGCCUGCACAUUUCUUGCACCUCUCAAAUCCUCCCCCCCCCCGUUUCUGUUUGUCACCCUGUCCUGCCACACACGCAGGCACUGGGAGCAACAGGCCCUUCCCCAGAGGCGGCACACUGGCUGGUUGAUGGUGCAGCGACCAGCCUCUUGAGAGGCCUCUCUCCCUGAGAGCAGCUUUGCCCAGUAGUGGUGGUCAAGAGGUCUGCCUGUCCAGCCAGGGCGCCGCUUGUAAUGCUCACACUGUGUGUGGAGGGGAAGAAGUGGGGUGAAUAAACGUGCACCUAAAACGUG